CACAGCGUCGAAACUUGACAAAUAAACUAGACUACCACAUGCAAAAAUAGUGCAAGUGUUCGUGGAUUUAAUAGCUUUGACACUACUCACAGCCGAAGGUAGAAAAGCACGGUCGCGCGUAAUCGGCCCAUCCAUUCAGUCGUUUAGUGGACGCCAAGAAGCACCAUCCGUUUCAGAAAUGGGAGAAGUUCCGAAGAUCACGGACUUGCCACAGGUGAUCGAGCCUCACCUGCCGGAAGGCUGCACCUUGGAGUCGUACGACACUCGCUACCUGACCAAACCGGGCGACAACUAUGGCAGCAUCAUGUUGGCCCUGCAGGCAAAGAUCCGCAGUGCAGACGGUGCUGUUCGGGACCUGCCGCUCAUAGCCAAACUGCCGCCCCUCACCAACGAUCUGUACUGGCAGAUCUUCCAGCCCGAGCGAACCUGCAUCACGGAGAACGCGGUCUACCAGUACUUGUCACGUGAGCUGGACAAGUUGCAGCUGCAGUCGGGCAUCCUGCCGGCACAACUCUUCGAUGGCUUCCCGCGGUACUACGGCUCCCGAAUUUCGCUGGAUCCUCGAGCCUCGAAAGUGGAUCGGGAUGCCGUUCUCAUCCAGGAGAACGUCACCGUGCGCGACUUCCGGCCGGGCAACAGACACAAGCCGUACAAUCUGGCCGAAACGGUGCUCAUCCUGCACUCCCUGGCCCAAUACCACGCCCUGCCCAUCGCUCUGCGUCUGAAGAAGCCGCAGGUGUACGAGGAAUACGUGCGACCGUACUUCAAGAAGUUCGAUAUGAACGCCAAUAUUGAUGCGACCGAAAAGGAACAGAUGAACGGUGAGAUUCUGAAGGACAUCGCGUUGGUAAGCAGCGAUGAACGGGACGUGAAGCGUGUCAAGGAGCUGCUCGACAUUUUCGACGCCUUUCAAGCUGGCAAGGAUGUGGAAGACGGUCUGUUUACUACCCUUGUGCACGGAGAUCUAUGGAUAAAUAAUAUGAUGUUGAAAUACGACGAGGAAGGCACUCCAAUCAAGGUGAAAAUCGUCGACUUUCAAAUCGCGCAGUACGGAUCAUUGGUGCACGAUGUCAUCUUUCUGCUCUUCUCGAGCGUGGACGUAAACGUUCUGGAGGAGAACUACUACAAUUUCCUGACCAUCUACUACAACGCCUUUAUUCAGACCUUGCGAAGCGUUGAUGUGGACACCAGCAACUAUUCACUCGAGAUAUUCCUGGAAGAGGUCAAGCGGACUGCAUACAUCCAGCUGCCUCAUGCCAUCUUUAUGAUGAAGGUAAUCCUGGCUGAUAACAGCACGAUUCCUGAAAACUUUAAGGACGUGGACUUUUCCGUGUUGUCCAAGAAUACUGGAAUAAAAACGAUUGUGGCGAAAUUCGACGCUAUCUUGCGACUGGCAAAGAAGUUUAAUAUUUUUUACUGAGCUAAUUUAGCAAGUCACGAAAUAAAUUGUUUGCCAUAGCA